UCUGGCAGCAUGGCGGCCGGGGCGGCGGCAGCGGCGGCCGAGGUAGCAGCGGGUGUCGGGGCCAGACCCGCACCCGGGCCGGGGCCCGAGGCCAGAACCCAUUCUGGGGCUCUGUUGGAGGUUGCGUCCCGAGCGCAGUUCGACGAGCUGCUGCGCCUCCGGGCCAGGUCCCUCGUUGUCAUCCAUUUUUGGGCACCGUGGGCUCCCCAGUGCCUCCAGAUGAACGAUGUCAUGGUGGAAUUAGCCAAGGAGCACCCCCAAGUUGCAUUCGUGAAGUUGGAAGCUGAAGCUGUUCCUGAAGUGUCUGAGAAAUAUGAAAUCAGUUCUGUCCCAACCUUCCUGUUCUUUCAGAAUGCCCAGAAAGUGGACCGGCUGGAUGGCGCCCAUGCCCCUGAGCUGACCAGGAAGGUGGAGCGCCACGCUUCCAGCAGUGCCCUUCCCCGCGGCUCCACUGACCACACGAAAGAGGACCUCAACUUGCGGCUGAAGAAGCUGACCAAUGCCGCCCCCUGCAUGCUCUUCAUGAAAGGGUCCCCCCAAGAGCCCCGCUGUGGCUUCAGCAGGCAGAUGGUGGAAAUCCUUAACAAGCAUAAUAUUCAAUUCAGCAGUUUUGAUAUCUUUUCGGAUGAAGAAGUACGUCAAGGACUCAAAGCAUACUCCAAUUGGCCCACUUAUCCUCAGUUAUAUGUAUCUGGAGAGCUCAUAGGAGGACUCGAUAUUGUUAAGGAACUGGAAGCGUCCAAAGAACUAGACACGAUCUGCCCCAAAGCUCCCAAGCUGGAGGAAAGGCUCAAAGUACUGACAAAUAAAGCUUCUGUGAUGCUGUUUAUGAAAGGAAACAAGCAGAUGGCAAAAUGUGGAUUCAGCAAACAAAUUCUAGAAAUACUUAACAAUAUGGGCGUGGACUUCGAGACGUUUGACAUAUUGGAGGACGAGGAAGUGCGGCAAGGGCUAAAGGCGUAUUCCAACUGGCCCACGUACCCCCAGCUCUACGUGAAGGGGGAGCUUGUCGGAGGCCUAGACAUAGUGAAGGAACUGAAAGAAAAUGGUGAAUUGUUGCCUAUCUUGAGAGGAGAAAGUUAAGGGGCUGCCACUGCCACUGGGUGCAGAAGUGCUGUGCAGGCGUUUCCUGAGCGUGGGAUGAUGCCCGAGGGAGCCCUGGGGAGUGGAGAGUGGCCAGGGGCGUCUCGUUCGCCUCAUCACUGGGUCUGUCCUCCUUCCUUCCCUCCCUCCCAAGUUCAAGCUGAAAGUUUCCCAUAACCCACCUCAGUAGGUUCCCCUCAACAUCGCAAAAGUCAAUUAAAAAUGGAUAUUAAAAAGCU